GGACCCCUGUUCCCCACACCAGUUCAUGGGCCACCAGCCUUAGCCUGCUGGGACAGAUGGUCUGAAAGCUCAUGGAGAUCUGUCCCCAUUUGAUGAAGCUCUCCACAUUCACGAACACAUAUACCAAGCAACCCCCGAUGAGCAAUUGAUCAUCACGACUUUCCACGGCCAUCGUCCACAUUGCCACAUCACUGAACAUUCCACGAAACCACUCUCGACUUCAGAUUCCAGAAUCCACCCAGCUCAAUGGCCCAAACACCUCAGCAACGGCGAGCAAACGCGAAGUUCGCAAAGGAGCAGGAUGCCCGGCGGGGCAAGUCGGAGGACCAGCUGAAGAAGCGGGCAAAGGACGCGCCCAAGUCGCCCAUCUCGCCCAUCUGGUUAGCUGUUCUCGGCUUCAUCGUCUUCGGCGGCCUUUUAUUCGAGGUCCUGUCUCGCCUCUUCCUUCGCGACUGAGCCAGUCUUUUACGGUGCCUCCGGCGUGGACGCCGGAUUCUUUGCGUCUCAGACACGUACAGCCGCAGAAUGGAGAACGACGUGGCAAUCACGUUCCCAUUUAUUCAUUAAAAAAAAGGGGUCUACGAUAGGGGGAGACUUGCAGCAGACCUGCUCUGUGGAUACCCAUGUCCCCAAGCCGCGGACGGAGUAUCAAUGUAAAGUAGUGGUCUUACAGGAGUUUUCUUGGGUAUAUUAGGCCGCAACGGAAGCAUUUUGAUGGUUCAAUGGGCAUACCAGUACCUUUUCUGAUCCCUGGGGAUUUUUGGUUUUCUUCUAAGUGAUACCUCGCCGAGGCCAGCCGAGAAAGAAUAUACGAGCUAGCAUUAUGCACCC